UUUAUGGACGGAGUAUAUUCACAACAAGCCUCUCUAAAAUAAAGCCGAAAUACGAGUACAGUAAUAGUGUAUUAUAGGUAUAACCCGUGAUUUAUAUGUGUACAGCCUGUAACGAUACUGAUAUAUCUAUAUACUCACUCACUCCGUCAUACGAGGAUAGUGGAUAUGAGUGGAUAGUACAUUGAUCAGGCCAUCGGAAUGAAUGGUGUGAUAUUGAAGAAUUUGGACUGAUUGCACUUUGAACGGCAGUGGUCAGCGUUUCCACUCUACCCACCAAAUAACGCAUUGUUUCAUCGAAAGAGUAAAGACGUAAUCAUCUGUUCUUCAUUCAUUUUUUUUCUUCCAUUAUUGUGUGACGGACGAGUUGUUUUCCAUUCCAAAGGUACAAGGUAUGAAUCUGAAGUGGUUGUGUAUAAUUCUGAGUCUCGUCGUCAGUAUAAAUGGCUCAUUGGACUCUGACAUCGAGGCUUUUGUCUCAUUAACGGAGCUCGGUUACGAGGAUGCGUGCACCAAAGCAGCUGAAGCCAAAUGGUCUUUCAUUAAGGAGUCCAAUAACGCCACCCGCCAAAAAUGGGAGAACACGUUGGAAGAAUACGCCGAGUACGUUCGAACGCAAAAGAAAGAAAUCACGUCAAUGACCGAUGGAACUCUCGAAAAUCCUUUACUACAAUAUAAGUUUAGCCUAAUAACAAAACCCGGUGAUGCUUCACUGGAGGCUGAAGAGUGGCACCAGUUUGUUUCCUUCGUUGGUGGAACGGAAUUGUCGAUAAUCAUUGGUAAUCAAACGAAACCCGAUAGAUCACUGAGGCAGCGGGGAGAGACACUUUUGGCCAGCAGUAUAAUGGCCAAUGAAAAACUCAAGAUAUGGACAUCUUGGUAUGACAAUUUGAAGCCUUUAACGAGCAAGUUCACACAGAGUCUCAAACUAGUGGAGAAUGCGACUGCGGCAAAUGAUGUGGACAGCGUCGACAAGUACUGGGCCAUGCUCAGUGAUUAUGAAAGGGGACACGAGGAGAUUGCGAACAUGUGGGAAAACAUAGCUCGACUUCACAAAAGGAUUGUGGAUUUCGUACAGAAGAGACUGACUGAAAAAUAUUCUAAAGACUAUAAAAUUACUAAUGAAACGUUACCAGCGCACUUACUCGGAUCUCUUCAGGGAUAUGAUUGGACGCAAUUAGCACUCUAUGUAAUCCCAUACCCCAAUAUAACUUUUGAAAUAAGAGAGAAUCUGUUGCAUAAUGGUUUAGUCGGUAAUAAUCUGUACAAGGCAGCCUCUCGCAUGGGUAAAAUACUGUUGAAACACGUACCUGAGGCGGAAUUUUGGGAGCAGAGUGACUUUAAGGCACAAUGUCCAUCCAAUUUGAUAAAUCUCUGCAACGGUAAUAUGCGCUUAUCAACCUGCUCGAAUCAUUCAUCCAUCGCGAAUUACUUAUCUGCUCAUAAGAAUGUUGCGAAGAAAUUGGUUCACCAAAUGUCGAUGGAAAACAGCCCCAUUCUCAACGUGGCCAACCGAUAUUCUGCUAUCGAUUCAGCGGUAGAGGAAUUAUUCGGCGUUUUAUCAAUGAGCCGAGCCUGGUUACUCUCUCUGAAUCUAGUGAAAGAAUCAGACGAUCAGGAUGAGGUACGAGUAGUAUCACUGAUGAUGACAGCACUCGAUGUCCUUCCCCGGUUGGCCCAUUAUCUUGCAGCUGACAUGUGGAGACUCGAUUCCAUUAAAAACAAACUCCUUGACCCCAACGAAUUGACUGCCACUUGGUGGGAAUAUCGGAAGAAAUACGAAGGUAUUUCCACAAUUUCCACGGAUGUACCCACAUUUUUAGAUAAUGAACAUAUCAUCAGUAAUAAACCCUAUUUGUCAAAAUUCUUGGGAAUACUGUUGGGUUUUCAAAUGUACGAAGCCAUAAUGGAUUCUACUGAGAUGAGAUACAAUGAAAUUGAAUCAAUUUCCCUGAAGCAUGAAUUAAUAAAAAUGAUUCAAUAUGGCUCGGGUAAUAAUUGGACUGAAGUUGUGAAAAAGUAUUUAGAUAUUUACGAAGUUUCGUCAGAUUCUUUGGUCAAGUAUUUUUCACCACUGGAGGAGUAUCUCGAUGAGAUCGAGGGUGAAUCGAUGGAUCCAAUACCGCCAGCUUUUGAAGAGGCUCUUGAAAAAUUGGAGGACGAGUAUAGAAGGAAAAAUGAAAUCACUCCCAGCACGAGUAAACCGACAACAAUGAUGACAAGUACAACUGCAACACUGAAGAUGGAAAAAUUGGAGCUUUCGAAGGCAGAAACAACGCCAAGUGAACUGAAGACUUCGCCACAUCAGUCGGUGAUUCGAGAUAAAUCCGCGGAAAGUCCGAAAAAAGAGCAAUCAGUGGAUAAUGAAGAAGAGGAUGAUGACGAAAUUAUAAAAUCAGGGACUAGCAAAGCUGUCUGGGCCGUAGGUGCUGUUCUGAUAGCUACUGUUACAAUCGUCACUAUUGCAAUAUUCGGGCGUCAGAGAUGCCGAAAAACCCCAAAGAAUAGGAGAUACGUUUGAAGCCGCGACGAGAGGAACAGACAAAAAGAAAAUAAUUGAAUAGUAGAAUAAGGAUUAACCAUAACAUUCCAUGGCAACUGGCCUGCCAAAGGGUAAUAGUUCGUACGAUAUUCAUUUUAUUUAUACGGAUGAGUUCGCGAUUUAAUUUUCUCUUCAGAACUAUGUGAUAUCACAUCAACAGUAUUUUGCUCUAUUUCUCGGAGAAUGAACAAAUCGUUUCGAAAAGUCUAUUCAAUUAAAGCACACGCAUACUAAUAUCUAUACGUGGAUAAUAUAACUUAAAACUAGUAUUUAUUGCUCACAAUGUAUGAAGUCUCAACACUUUAUAUGACUCCAUCCUUCGGUUUAUAAAAAAAAAAUGUACAUGUUUUUUGUUUUCGGAGUAAUUUUUGCCAUGUGAAUUAUCAAACACUCUCAUAGCUAAAUAAUCGUUUUGGUUGUAAAUAAUUGUCGUUGAAAGUGUGUGCAUGUUGGAUCAACGGACAGAGUAAAUUUAUAUUUUUUUAUAAGAAUAUGUAUCUUGUACCUAUCAAAAUAUACAGAGAUGAUGAAAAAUCA